AUGGGAGGGCUUGGUUUUAGAGACAUUCGAUUGUUUAACAUAGCUCUCCUUGGCAGACAGGUGUGGAGGCUACUCACGGUCAAAGACACAUUAUGCUAUAAUGUUCUCAGCUCCAAAUACUUUCCCGAUGGUGACCUAUUUCACUCCAAAAAGGUGGGAAAACCAUCGUUUACUUGGAAUAGCAUUGCUAUUGCUGCGAGGGAUCUUAAAGUUGGCCUUGGGUGGCAAAUAGAGAAUGGUGGAAAGAUUGAUAUCUACAAGGACAAUUGGGCUUUCGAAGGGCUCAACGGCGAAUUGAUUUGCGACAUCAGUCAUAUUGUCCAUGAAAGAAAAGUGCACGAGAUGUGA